UCAUUUUCUUGUUUUAAUUUAGGCAUGGUGUAGUUGGCCUGAUGAAUUAUUUGAAGAGAUGGACAGCACCCUUGCCGUGCAGCAAUUUAUACAACAGUCUAUUGCACGAGAUGCCUCGUGCGUUGAUGAGAUACUUACUCCACCAGAUGGUCAAGAUGAAGGUGUCUGGAAAUAUGAACAUCUCAGGCAAUUUUGUAUGGAAUUGAAUGGAUUGGCUGUAAAGUUACAGAGUGAAUGUAACCCUGAGACAUGUACACAGAUGACUGCUACAGAACAGUGGAUAUUUCUCUGUGCUGCACACAAGACGCCAAAAGAGUGUCCAGCAAUAGAUUAUACAAGACACACACUAGAUGGCGCUGCUUGUUUGUUAAAUAGCAAUAAAUAUUUCCCAAGCAGAGUGAGUAUAAAGGAAUCAUCAGUAAACAAGCUAGGAUCUGUUUGUAGACGGGUGUACAGAAUAUUUUCACAUGCUUAUUUUCACCACAGGGCUCUGUUUGAUGAAUAUGAGGUAAGUCUAUGUUGAGAGGUGUAUCAAUCUUUUCAUAUUUUAAAGGUACAUUU